AUGGAUGUCCGAAAUCAGCGUGUGUUUCUGGCUCGGACUGGGACGGCGGUGGUGGCAGGGCGCGACGAGGACGCCUUCCGCACCUACCAGGGCCGCCACUCCAUUGCCAGCUAUGAGAAGCCCUUCUGGCAGAAGCCGAUCUUCUCCUAUGGCAUCCUGGCCGUUUCUAUCCUGUUCCUCAUCGCAGGAGCGGUGAUGCUCGGCGUCGGCAUUCACAACAAUAAUAAGGAGCAGAAGCAGGUCACCGUGCCGGUGCCGGGGACAUGUCCCACCCCACCUGCCCCAGCCGUCAUCAACCCCUUCUAUUCAACCCUCGAUUUUACGGACAUUAAUUACGAUGACGUCAAGAAUGACUAUGAGGGAAGCGCAGCGUCAAUUCGGACAAGAAUCCUCGGCCAAAUGGCCAUGAUUUCUGGGGACUACGAUCUGGGAGUUUUCCCGACAAGUAAUCUGAAGGUCAAUAUUCUCGGAAUCUCUGAAGCAAAGCAGGGCGUCAAUGUCAUUACUGCCCUCAUUUUCCCGAUCGAUAUUUCUGGGUUCGAGGUGCAAAAGAAGCUGGAGUCGAUGAAGAACGUGGUGGUGAACCAGGUUACUGGUGAUAACAUCCCCUCAUCUAACAACACUCAACUCUGCAUGGUUGUCAAUGAUUUCCAAGACCUUUUGACCACGACCCUUCCGACGACAACAACUACGACACCAUCCCCAGCUACAGGCACAACACCAACUGGACUCUACGGCACCUAUUUAAUUCUGUUCAUUUCAGGUGCCACUACACCGCAGAUACCUACACAAUGCCCGACUUUCCCGACCCAAGGGCCAGCCACUACGACAUAUCCGGUUAAUCCGAACGUCAGGGAUCUUGUGCUACUGAUUGAUUCCUCGACGGCUCUGCAGCAGGCCGUGUUCUUGAAGUUAAAACCCUUCCUCUACAAAACCCUGGCCCCAAAACUCACCAUCGGCAAUGAUACCCUCUUGGCGGCUGUGGGAGAAUAUGACGAUCACCACUUCAACAUGUACGACCUGUUCGACGCGCAGACGGCUGGCGAGCUGGCGAAUGUCAUCGGAUUUUACAUGAAUUAUGAAGGGAAAUAUGGGCCUAGUAUUUACAAUGCACUAAAGCGUGUCAACAUUCUGCACAGCGCUGGGAGAAAUGCGCCGAGGACGGUUUUGAUGGUGACGGCGUCAAGCGAUCCAUCCGACGUUGCCAAGUCCAUCCAACAGGCCAAUCUGCUGAAAAGCCAGGGAGACUAUAUCGUGAUGCUCGGCGUUGGAGCGGGAGUGAAUCCAGAUAUUUUGACCAUUCUGGCAACGGCUCCAAACUACGUCUUCACUAGCAAGGACCUUUCCGAAGGAGAUACCCUGGCGACUAGCUUGAUCUCUGCCAUCUACGGAAAUACGGUCCCUGUUACAACCGCAGCUCCACCCACACCUCCCUACACCUGCAACCCGGAUAUUGCCAUACUUUUUGAUGCCUCGACGGCUGUCGGAUCGGAGGAUGAGAUGGGCAAACAAGUCGGUUUCUUCACCGGAAGAGUCAUUCCAACCUGGACAGUGUCGCCAAAUAGCACAGAAGCUGCCGGAGCGAUCUAUACAAAUGGCUACGCGUUUGUCGUCCCGGGAGCUUACGGCUAUUCAACCACCCAGGCCUUCAUCGACGAUCUCAACUCCUACGGUGACGACUAUUAUGGUGGAAACCCGAACAUUACGAACGGUCUCUCCCUUCUUCGCUUCCUGUCCUUGACCUCGCGUGGCAAUUACCAAACCGCCAUUUUGGUCACUUAUUCGAGUGACUACAACGACGUAAAAGCGGCAAUCCCGAUUGCUCAGGCUUGGGAUGGAAAUCUGAUUAUUCUGGGAAUCGGUUCUAACGUCGAUGGAGAUUUGCUAGGUGUUUUGACCGGAAAUGUGAUCACCAAGCUGGCUUAUGAUGACGAUGCAGCGUACCAGAUUAACGGCAUGGUUUGCACAAAACGACCUCCGCAUGGACUUUCUACUACCUCGCCGGGUACUGUAGCCACGAGCACGAUUACAACAACUACCACGAAGGCUCCUUUCACCGAGGCUCCGACCACUACCGUAACACCGACCGCUGCUCCUUGCCCCGAUUGUAAACCCGACCGCUCCUCCCUGCUCGUCGUCUACGACAUCAGCAUAGCCUUAUUGCCAACUGACUUCGCGAACGUCCUAAAAUUCUUGAGCGCGGACCUGUUUGGCAAGUGGAACCACUGGGAACGAGUGGCACUCGCUGGAUUUGGAGACAAUGCCCAUUUUAUCGAUUUGGCCAACUAUCGCGACAUUACCAGUCAAAACGACGCUUCGAUUUUGGUAAACUCGCAGGGCAGGAUUGCAUCAAAACCUGAUGUCGCUGCCGCUCUACAUCACGCUGUCCAACGUUACACUCCUCUGGCUGGAUACGGUAUUCAGCAUACAAUUUUUUUCACGAGCACGGCAAACAAUAUCGUAGCUGCCCAUCCGUAUGCUGACGCAUUAAGGGCCCUCGGAACGUUAACUGUUGUCGGAAUCAACUGGAGUGACAUGACACCAUUCGUCCCACUGGCUACUACAGGAUCUACCGUUCCCUGGCCGGAUACAACAAAUACUACCGGACUAUCGGACGCUAUUGAUGCGACACUUGUGGCUCCUCCCACGACCACACCCGGUCCGACGACUACCACAACUGGCGGAACAACCACAGCUAUCCCGACCUCUUCCGUCCAACCCACCGGACCGUGCCAACGUGCUGUCAUCCUACUCAUCGAUGAGUCCCUGAAGGUCCCCGGUGCGCAAUUUAAUGACUACAAACAAUUCCUGUACACACUGACCGGCUCCUGGCUCUUCUCCAGGGAUCAAUUCUCUGUGGCCGCAAUCGCCUAUACCAAAUCGAUCAUCACUGAAAUCGCGACGUUCGACCUGAAAUCCGCGGAUGAGCUCAAGGCUCUGAUUGAUGCGGAUGUGACUUGGCACAGCACGUCUCCGGCUGGCAUGACAAAGGUUCUAAAAACGGCAGUGGGACUGAAAGUGCCUCUUAUGGAGGGUGUGACGACAAUUUUGGUGACGGCUUCGAGCGAUCCCGACGACAUCAACUCAGCUAUCCCCUAUGCAAAUCAACUAAAGCAAAAUGGCAACACCGUCAUUACCGUGUCGAUGGAUGCUGAUGCCAGUCCGCUCUCCUCCGGUCUCGACUUCGCCUUCGAGCUCGACACAUUCGACGCCUUCGAUGUUGCCCAACAGAUCAAUGCCGUGAUCUGCAAGAACGGACCGGCGCCUCCGACUACGACCACACCUACCACCCAAGCUCCGACUACCACUACCCAGCCCUUACCUUUCCCCUGCCAGCCCGACAUCGCGCUCCUGAUUGAUGGUAGUGGAGCUGUGGAGGGAGGGGCAGAUGGUGUUAGGAAGGUUUCCAACUUCAUCGUUGAUCCGUUGUCUCGGAAUUGGCCUAUCAUGCUCAACCACACCGAGGCGUCAAUUUACUUCUAUUCGCGACAGGGUAACCUCGUGCUCGGCGGAAAGACUUACGAAUACGUGGAUCUCCAAGAAUUCCACCAGGCUUUGAUCAAUCAUGGAGAUAUCUAUUACGGAGGAGAUCCCUCGAUUAAUGAAGGUAUCAAAUUCAUGCUGAACCAUGAGCACUGGCAGAGAGGACAGCCUCAUGUGCUGCUGCUCUUCACUUGGUCAAGCGUCUACACCGACAUUGCAGCAGCUGUAAACCAAAUUAACCAGAUCCAAACUGGUUCCAACGUUAUUGUGGUUGGACUUGGAAACAAUGUGAAUGCCGACUAUCUGGCGGCGUUGUCACCGAGGAUCCUUUGGGGAGCGUUGGACCAGAGCUUGGCUGAUCAGAUCAACGACCUCAUCUGUCAAGGCAACACCAGUCCUGGGACUCUUCCGCCUACGAAUCCGCCUACUACCACGCCGUUGACGACGACAACUACGACCACGGCAUUUGCACCACCAACUACAACGGUAAACCCAGUACCAUGCCCCGACUGCGUCCCAGCUUUGGCAAACCUUGUCGUAGUCAUCGAUGCUUCUGGAAGUACGAAGGAUACGUUCAACGACGAAAUCCUCGCCGUCAUCACCAUGCUGAACGGCUGGAACCACUUUGAGCGCGUUGCCCUCGCUACCUUUGGAGACACAGAUGCACACUACGAGAUCCUCGCCCAGUUUGGAGACCUCAGAAACGUUGGUGAUGUGAAUGCUACGCUGUCGAGUGCUGUCGUACAGCGAUAUGCAGGUGCGGGAAGCUUGACCAGUGCUUUCAAGAAGACACUUCGUGCUUUCGAGCCAAACAGCAAGUACGGCUAUGAGAAGACGAUCAUCUUCACCGGAACUGCAACGACCCUUGACAUAAACACGGCUUCGGUUUACGCACAAGCACUAAUGGCUAGAGGACAGGUUGUUGUUAUCGGUGUCGGACAAGCUGACGUCUCGGCCUUCCAGCCCUUGGCUACCCCGGGCGAUGCUCUGGCUUGGCCAACGACUUCGGAUUUAAAUAUUACGAACACGAUCACAGGAAUUCUGAACUCAAGCAUUCCCACGACGACUCCCGGUCCAACUACGCUACCACCGACGACCAGCGCCACGACGCUUCCAUCUACACCAUCCACUCUUCCGGCAGCCACCACAACGUCUCCAAGCAGUGCAGCGUGCCAGCGAGCUGUCGUUCUACUGAUUGACGUGUCGAAUGCCAUCCCGUCGGAUUCUUAUGAUGGACUCAAAGAAUUCACGCGUCAACUGGUUGUCUCGUGGAGUGUCGGCCCGAGCGGCUACAACGUCGCCGGAUUCGGCUUCACCGGCCAGUCUCUCGAGUUGAUCGCCGACUUCGACCUGACGAGCACGCAAGAAUGGCUGAAUCUGGUGGAGGACAAGGUCAACUAUCGCCCGGCCCAACAUGGUGGAGUCUACAGGGUGAUGCACGCGGUCGCUAGUCUGGAUUUCCCCAAGAAUGUCUCUGUAACCACGAUUUUGCUAACAGCUUACAGCAACAGCGACGACUUGAACCGCUCGAUUCCGUUCGCCUACCAGUUGAAGCAGAAUGGCAAUUCCUUGAUUACCGUAUCGUUCGGAGGAGCCGACGCGUCAAUUCUCUCCUCUGGCGACGGCUUUAACUUCCGCACCGACGACUACAAGGGCAAUCAAUACGUCGCAGCCGUGAAUCAGAAGAUUUGUGCUCAAGGACCUCCACCACCCGUGACAAUGCCGCCAACGACCACGACAGCUGCCCCGACUACCGUACCCAGCCAAUUUGUCUGUAACCCAGACAUCGCUAUUGGCAUUGAUUCGAGUUCGGCUGUUGGCAGUAUGGCUGUUUUUGGCAAUUUGAUCGACUUUGUCGCCUACAAACUCGGCUCCACCUGGCCGAUCAAUCGCAACGAAACAGAAGCUGCCGCAAUUUUGUAUACAAAUACGACUGCCUUCAACGUCUACAACACGUUCAACUACGCGCAUGCCAGUGACUUCACGAUCGAGGUGGCUCGGCACAACUAUGAUUAUUACGGAACACCUCCAGGAAUGCAUCAAGCAAUCCUGCAAACAAUGCGAUUGUCCAACCGCCGAUUGACGCAGCCGAAGGUGUUAGUACUGUUCACCUAUUCGAGUGGUUAUUCCGAUGCGGCCACUUCGAUCGAUACCCUGGACCUGAUCGACCAGCAACUGGGCGGGAUGAAUCUGAUUAUUGUGGCACUGGGCGACCAAAACCAAAUCAACACCGACAACCUGCAAGCCAUGAGCCCCCGUGUUCUUACUGGGUCGCUCGAUGACAGCAUGGUCAGUAUGAUCAACAACAUGAUCUGCCAAGGCAACACCAAGCACGCCAAAAUCAUCCCCUACUGCCCUGAUUGCAUCCCGAGGGCUUCGAGUCUGCUGGUUGUUCUCGAUGCAGCUACUGGGGGAUCGCUUGACCAGCAAAAGUUCGUCGCUAAGAAACUGGCCGCCCAAUGGAAUCACUUUGAGCGCGUUGCACUAGCUGCGUUUGGUGACACUGACAAGCAUUACGAGGUUGUCGCACAGUACCGUGACAUGAAAAACUCCGAUACCUUUGCCGCCUUUGUCGACACGAUCUAUGCAGUAAACGGAGCACCAAGCUUGACCCUGGCUUACAAACGCACCGACAACUCCUUUGCGCCUUCGUCGGAAUGGGGAGAUCAACAAGUUGUCAUCUUUUUGACGCAAACAUCCGCUGACGAUGUCCGAACUGCGGCUCCGUACGCUGACAAACUUUUCGCGAAGGGCUCCGUCAUUGUCGUCGUCAUCGGGUCAAACGAUGUCGCCCAAGUCGAACCCCUUGCCUCCCCGAAUUCUGCAAUCGGUUGGGCUGAUGUCAAGGAUACGGACACGAUCGUCGGGCAAAUCGAGAAGCUGUUGGACCCGAACCCGGUCACUCGAGGUCCCACUACGACAGGGCCUAGCAGCUUGGCCCCCAGCUCCACGAAACCCAGCUCGGCUGUGCCGACAAGUUCCGGACCGACCCCUACUGGAACAACGACAGCCCCAGCACCAUUCUGCCCUGACUGCAACCCACCUACCGCCAACCUUCUCCUACUGCUCGAAAAUUCUGGUGCCUUGACGAACGACGUCUUCCAAGCACAACUCGCUGUCGCCCUGACCGUCGUCCAAGGAUGGAAUCACUUUGAGCGGGUCUCCAUUGGCUCCGUGGCAACAACGUUCAACCAGAAUGCUGAAUAUGGUACACUCAACAAACUGGAUGACGCCUAUGUGACCAUCAAAAGCAUUGCGCAACUCCCUAAGCCGGACGUGAACCUGAAUGCGACUCUGGCGCAAGUCCUCAAACUCGCCAAGCCCCUCGCUGACUUCGAAUACCAACGAGUUAUCCUUUUCACCACACAAACUGAUGUCAAUGACAUUGUUGCGGCCGCAACUACUGCGGGCAUCCUUAGAAGCAUGGGUUCGGUGACCAUCGUUGGAAUUGGUGUCGAGGCAGUGGCAAUCUACAACGAUUUGGCCACGCCACACGAUGCGAUCAGCUGGACGAACUAUCAGGAUCAUGCUACGGUUGCCAGGCAGAUUGAUGUUACGCUUGGGGAGCAGUUUGGAAGUACUUCCGCAGCUCCGCCUGCGGGUUCGACUACAGUAUCCUCGCCUGCGACUACAACUUUCACGACAAUUCCGACAAUUCCAACCAGCCAAGGACCGACCACCUCAGGGCCCUUCUGCGCAGAUUGCAACCCACCAAGGUCGAAUCUGUUCGUAAUUUUCGACCGUUCAGCAACCAUUUCGGCAGCAGACUACCUACAGGAGCAGGGGGCUGUCCUGACCCUGGCCAGUACCUGGAACCACUACGAACGUGUCGCACUCGGCGCCUAUGACAGCAGUUUCAACCUCGUCGCCUAUUACUACGAUAUUACUUCCAUCUCAGACGUGCACACAUACCUCACGGGCGUCCAACAGAGCCCCGGCACCAGGCCCGACUUGGCCGCAGCACUCGAAACCGCGUUGAAACAGGUGACGCCGAUCGCGGAUUUCGGACCGCAGAAAACGACGCUAUUCAUCUCAGUAACCGACCCGGCUGAGAUUGCCAGGGCCACUCCGGCUGCUCAGAAACUUCAAGCACUUGGCUCACUGACUGUUGUCGGACUGAACAUGGCCACCACCGAUAGUUUCAAAGCCUUGGCUUCACCCGGAGGAGCCAUCGCUUGGCAGAAUACAAGCGAUGUUAAUGCCGUUGUAUAUGAUAUCGACAACACCCUUGGAGAACUGCCAACUACCACAUCUGACCCAACACUUGGAAGUACGACAAAUCUCCCUAGUGUUGCUCCCGGAAAGUGCAAAAAGGAUAUACUGCUCAUGAUCGAUACAAGCUCCUCGAUGAACGGUGUCACCAACUUUAAUUUGGUCAAGAAUUGGGUCAGGAACACCCUGGUACCACAGUGGGACCUCAGCUCUUUCACCCUGGCCAUCGCCACAUACUCGAACAAGAUCAAUAUGAUCAUGCACUUUGGUGACUCGGCUAGCCAGGCUGAAGUACAACAACUCAUCGAUCAGGCCCAAUAUAUUGGAAAUGGCUACGCUCUGGAUAAGUCACUGCAUGAAGCCCUUGGCCUUUUCCCGAACACCCUGAUGACGACGGUGAUCAUCACAGCUAAUGGGGAUAUCGGCAAGGCCAGGCAGUAUGCGAAUCAGUUGAAACAGGGCGGAAACACUAUAUCCGUGUUGGCACUGGAGGAUGUGAGGACCGACGACUUGGAGAUGAUCUCGUCUGGACUCGGCUUCCUCUUCCAAGACAACCCGACGCUACUUGGAGACAAAGUUGCUGGGUUGUUGACGACGUCUCUGUGUCUCCCGGCCCCCACGACACCUGCGCCACCAACGACACCAAGCACCGUUCCAACCACGGCCUUCCCCGAGCAGUUCACCUGCGACCCCGAUAUCAUGCUCCUCCUCGAUUGCUCAAAUGCCGGCAACGCCGAGCAGUUCACCAGGAUGAUCAGUUUCGUGGCCAACUGGCUUGCCCCCACCUGGGACGUCAACAUGAACAAGACCAACGCGGAAAUCCUCCAUUAUUGUGAUGGCCAAACUGCGCUUGGCCAUGGCUUCUUCAAUUUUAACAGCACGGACCAGCUGGUCUCGGAACUCAUGGGUGAUGUUCGUUUUUAUGAGCCGCAUUGCGAGCCAGCGAUGGACGAUGGCCUUUUCUUCGGUGACCUCUUUGCUGACGAUGGCCGAAGAAAUCACCCGAUGACGAUGAUGAUGUUCACUUUCACCAGUACGUAUUCCCAAGUCGCAAGAGCACUGAAAGCCGCACAGCCCGAGCGGUUUAUCAUCGUGGCCAUGGAGGAGAACCCAAGCGUGCCGAACUUGCAGGCGUUGACGGAAAAUGUCAUUGUUGCUGGCCCGACCGACAACUGGAAUGCAAAUUUGGCAGCAGCGAUCAACAGCGUCAUUUGCAACGAGAAACCAGGUCGUGAAACCUUGCCCCCAACAAUCCCAAGCACAACAUCAGCGGCAUCGACAACGACGACCCCGAAAGUCACCUUUGCUCCACCAGCCACAACCACGAUCUCAACCUUCUGCGACAACUGCACACCAAAAGGCAACAUCCUCUUCAUUCUAGAUGCAGGCUCCGGAAAUGAAACCCUCUACGCUCAAUUCUCACUCGUCGUCCAACUCUCAAACAACAUCAACCAUCCGGAGCGUAUUGCCGUUGGUGCGUAUCGCGAUACGCUGGCCAACUUCCAGAUUCCGGUCGAAUACAAGGAACUCGUUUCCAUUGCCGAGCUCUACAAGCUUUUGACGCUGACGGCAUUUGGAGCAGCUACGGACUUGAGCACUGGCUUCCGGAAAGCAGACCUGGCCUUCGAACCCAGCGCAUUUUAUGGCAACCAACAAGUCAUCGUCUUUACCACAAAAGACGAUGCUACUGCCAUCCAAAAAUCACAAGCCGCUUCGAAGAGCCUGAAGGAUAAGGGAAACGUCAUCUUGGUUGGCACAGGGUUGAGCACAUUGAGUGAUGGCCUAGCAAGUCUAGCGUCGUCUCAAGAAGCUCUUACCUGGCCCGAUCUCACCCAAACCAAGAAUAUCGAAGCUACAAUACUGGGACUAUUGCAAAAUCCACCUACAAGUCCAACAACCUCGCCUGGACCUACCACAAGCCCAGUCUUGACUACCGUACCCUCUACGCAACCAUCCAGUACCGGAACAAACUCCCCAACCCCGCCCGAUCCUACGAAAUUUGGGUGCCACGUCGAUUUUGCGAUACUUUUUGAUAAUUCGGACGCUACCGGAAGUGCCGAUAACAUGCAAUGGACGGUCGACUUCCUCUCCGAUCUACUGAUUGGCCCUUGGGACAUUGGUGUAAACAGUCAGGCCGAAAUCAUCUUCUACACCAAACGCCACUCGCUCUUGGAACCAAAUGCUUGGAAUUACGACUCGACCGAGGCAGUACAAAAGAAUUUCACGUCCUUUGAUCGGGUCUACUUUGGCGGGCCCCCGAGUAUGACGGCCGGUCUUCAAAGCCUGCUGGGCUCGCUGGAUUCCCGUACGACAAACGACAGGAUGCUGACGGCAUUGAUGUUCACCAACUCAAGUGGUUACGACGACAUCAAAUCAGCCAUCGGCGUGCGACAGGAGAUCGAGGCGAAGUUAGGAGUCGAUCUGUUCAACUUGAUUUUGAUUGGAAAUUCCAAGGAUUUGAAUGGUGAUUGGAUGCGAGCGCUGAGCGGUCGUGUCAUUAAUGCUGAGAGUUUCAACGAUGUGUUGUGUCGAUGGCUAAACGAUCACGCCUGUCUUCGAGCCGAUCCGCCAGUGACGCUAGCGCCUCUACCGACUUUGUCUACGGCACAAGUUCCAACGACUACUACGCCAUUCGCUCCUCCGACCACGAUCGCUCCGACCGUAACUCCGAUCACUUGUAAUAACUGUACUCCAGAAAUUGCGAAUAUUCUAAUUAUUCUCGACGCAACUUCAAAAGACCUCGAAUACCAAGCCAACCUCGUCACGAAGCUCACGGCAAAUUGGUGGCCCUGGGCUCGUGUGGCCUUGGGAGCAUUUUCGGAUAUCUUCCAGGAAAUCGCGCUCUUCGGUGAGAUCCGUACAGCAGAUGAAUUCGCGUUGGAGUUGAGCCAGAUCAAUCCCAGGCUUGGAAAGACCCCGAACCUGGCCAAUGGCUUCAAGCAGUCGUUCAACCAAUUUACGCCAAAUGCUAAUUACGGCAUUGAGAGGCUGAUUAUCUUGACUGGAACUGAAUCCGGAGUCGCAGCAGCCGCCCCGUAUGCCGAUGCCUUCAUGGCCAGAGGCACAGUGACCCUAGUCGGAGUCGAUAUGGACGAUAUUACCAACUUGGCACCACUCGCCUCUCCUGGAUUCGCCAUUCCAUGGCCCAAUCCGGAGAAAGAUGACAUGGACCUAUUUGCCGGGUUGAUUAACAGGACAUUGUAUGGCCCGACACCCACGGGGGUUCCAUCUGCCGCAACAACGACGUUGAGACCAACUACGGUAACGCCACCGGUCACAGGUUCAACGACUUCGAACCCGCCAGUCCCAACCACAGCCAACCCCUGUCCGGACUGCAACCCACCAACCUCUAGCAUCCUUUUCGUACUUGAUCAAAGCAAGAACAACAACGGGUUCGCCCAAAUGAAAGACGUUGUCCUGAAGUUGGCCCAGCAGAUGAAUCGCUUUGAGCGAAUCGCUAUAGCCACAUAUUCCAAGACCUUGGUCUCUGUAGCGCAGUACGGAGAUCUCAGACGGAUAGAGGAUCUGGCCGCUGACCUCGAAUCUAUCUACCAGGACGCCAAGGCCGAGAACAUGACAUCAGCAAUUCAAGCCUGCCUCAGCAAUGACUUCAAACCGGUUGCACCUUUCACGACACAGCAUACGAUCUUCUUUACGGCUUCAGGAAGCAACGACGACGCUGCACAAGCCACCACAUUUGCUCAACAACUCGGAGCUAUGGGAACUCUGACCCCAAUCUCAAUCGUUACCCACCUCGUCUCGCUUGAUCAACUAGCGUUCCCGAAGUCUUACGCGAUCUAUUGGGACGAGCUGACAAAGGGUGAUGCUGUGGUUGAGACAUUGAAGCAGCAGCUCGGAAUCGUACCAUCUACGUCAACCAGUGCACAGCCUACCUUGCCUACCGUCACUCCACCAAUCGGUACUACGACUACACCCGUGGUUGCGUCGACGAGCACAAUGUUGACGGUGGCUCCUACCGUCGACCCGUGCCCCGACUGCAAUCCACCGACGUCAAGUAUCCUAUUCGUGCUCGAUCAAAGCAAGAACAACAAUGGGUUUGCACACAUGAAAUCAUUGGUGCUGAGACUGGCACAACAGAUGAAUCACUUUGAACGGAUUGCUGUGGCUGCGUACUCAAAGACUUUGGUCUCAGUGGCGCAAUAUGGAGACCUCAGAAGGAUCGACGAUCUAAUGGCUGAUAUGGAAGCGGUGUAUCAAGACGCUCGGACAGAGAAUAUGACCUCAGCACUUCAAGGAUGCCUGAGCAACGACUACAAGCCCGUUUCUCCAUUUACCGUUCAGCACACGAUCUUCUUUACGGCAUCGACAAGCAAUGAGGAUGCAACGCAAGCAGUGGCCUUUGCGCAACAGCUCGGAGCCAUGGGCACGCUGACUCCGAUCUCGGUCGUCAGUCAUCUGGACUCUUUGAACCAAUUGGCCUUCCCGACUUCAUACGCCAUCUAUUGGGAUGAUCUUACAAACGAAGACGACGUCUUGGCAACUCUGAAUCAGCAGCUUGGAAUCGUCACCUCAAUUUCAACAAUUGCGCCAACUACCUCACCGACCGUCACCGCACCAGUCGGUACAACAACUAUGACUGCAGCUGGUUCGACAAGUACAAAGUGGACAGUCGCUCCAACCGUCGACCCGUGUCCUGAUUGCAACCCCGCCACUUCCAGCAUCCUCUUUGUGAUCGAUCAGAGCAGUAACAACAAAGGAUUCGACCAAAUGAAAGACGUGGUCGUGAAGUUAGCCCAGCAAAUGAAUCAUCCUGAACGCAUCGCCAUCGCUUCCUACUCAAAAACGCUGGUUGUCGUUGCACAAUACGGCGAUCUGAGGAAGAUCGAAGAUGUUGCCGCAGACUUGGCCUCGGUCUACAUCGACAAAAGGCCGGAGAAUAUGACAACCGCCAUCAAAGGAUGUCUUGACCUCGACUUCAAGCCGGUCGCUUCGUUUACAACGCAGCAUACGAUUUUCUUCACCGCUUCAACAAACAACGACGACGUGAACCAAGCUCAAGAAUCCGCGCGCACCCUUGGAAUGAUGGGAUCGUUGACACCGAUUUCGGUCAUCAAUACCUUGGAAGAGCUCUCCCAUCUCGCUUACCCCCCACAGAACGCCAUCUAUUGGGACGACAUCACGACAGGAGACCAGGUUGUGGAUGUGCUGAUGCGACAGCUGGGAAUGCCGCCUCGUUCGACUACCACUGGCACCACGGCCCCGACCACAACACCCGGUUUUUGCCCCGAUUGCGUGCCAUCCGCUGAAAACGUCCUCUUCCUCUUCGAUACGUCGGCACUGAACAAGAACAUACUGGCCACGCAAUCGGCUGUUCGCGAGCUCGUGACGGGGUGGAACCACUUUGAACGCGUAGCAUUCGGCGAGUUUGGGUCGAUUUUGUUAACGAAAGCUGGGUACGGCGAGGUUGUGGAUCUCGAAAAGGCUUAUGAACUUGUUGAUGAUUUGGACACGAUCACCGGGGAUGUCAACCUUACCUAUGCGCUCAUCAUGGCCGACAAGGUCUACAAACCGAAAACAGAGUAUGGAAUCCAGAGAACGGUCGUGCUCACCCAGGCCAACUCGAUCCUCGACAUCGAAUCAGCACUCCCAGCCGCCCAAACCCUCCAAGCCAAGGGCAGCUUGACCAUCGUGGCGCUGCCCGGCGGCGCUCAUCAACUUGCUGACCUGGCCUCGCCGAAUAUGUACUUCAACUGGCUGGGCCAGGAGCUGGACCCGCUGUUUUGUGGGAUCCUCAGCUUCCUGAAGACAAAUUUGGGCGACCCUUCGGUCUCGCCAACCUGCGGAACCCCAGCGCCAGACUGCGCGGACUGUGUGCCUGGCAGUGAGAACAUCUUAUUGCUUUUUGAUACUUCUGAGGGAAAUUAUAUGUUCUCCGACAUGCAAGCAGCAAUCCGUAACGCCACAUCCACUUGGAAUCACUUUGAACGCGUUGCCAUCGGCGAGUACUCGAACCUCCUCCUGACACAAGCCAUCUACGGCGAGCUGGAGGGCUACAGCGAUUUCCUUUACCGCAUUGAUGACCUGAACCGGUUGACCGGACAAGCGAAUAUGGCGACCGCUCUCGAAAAGGCUGCAGAAACCUACCAGCCACUGCUCGAGUUCAACAAGCUCGACUUGCAGAGGACCAUCUUGUUUACAUCAACCAGCAUCGGCGUCGAUGAUGCUCUGGUCCCAGCAGCAGCAUUGAAACAGCUUGGACUCGUCGCCGUCGUUGGCCUCGGCGUUGACGCCGCUCCUCUUCAACCCCUAGCUUCCGCGCCCGACUUGGCACUAUCAUGGCAGGGCGACCAACAAGCACUCGUCAGCUUCAUCCAGCAAGCCCUCGAGCGUACCCACACCACCACAGCGGCUUCUACCACACAGAGUACAACAACUACCUCGGCACAGGCGACGACAUCUGGAUUUGUGUGCAAUGAGUGCUACCCUCAAGCUGAAAACAUCUUGUUUUUGAUCGAUGGAUCGACAAGGACUGAAUUCUUCGGCUACAUCCAAGACAUAUUACGAUACCUGGCCGCCGACUUCAACCACUGCGAGCGAAUCGCGAUGGGCGCCUACGAUUCGACAAUCUACAGCCACCUGAAUUUCAACGAAGAGGACUGCACCCGCUUCGGUGACUGGAUGGACGACCUGGAUUAUGGCGGAGAUGUCCGGAACCUAACCGUGGCCCUGGAGUCGCUCUUCGACGCCACGGUCUUCAACCCUGUCUCCAAAUUUGGGCCCACGCGGGUGGUGAUCUUCACAGGAGCCACUGAAGCGGAAACCACCUUGGCUUUACCUUCGGCUCAGAAAGUCAAAGAUCAAGGGACACUGACGAUUGUCGGGUUGGAGACAUCGAUUGACAUAAUUCAGCCCCUGGCGUCGCCUGGAUUUGCCUACGCUUGGACGGAUGUCGAUAAGUUCGCGCAGGUCAAGGCAUUUGUUGUCAAGACGCUGACGGACCCAGCGCCGGGACCAGCAACUACCGGCAGUCCUAUAGCUACCACACCCGGCUUUGUGUGCGAUGACUGUUACCCACAGGCUGAGAACAUUCUGAUUCUGAUGGAUGGAUCGUAUAAAAAUCAACUGUUCGGCUACACUGAAGGUAUCUUGAUGUCCCUGUCCGAGGAGUUCAACCACUGCGAGCGCAUGGCGAUGGGCGCAUUUGCGUUCAGUAUCUACGGCCACGUGGAUUUCAACGGAGAGGAUUGCCCCGCUUUCCUCGGAUGGCUAGACAACCUGGACUACGGUGGCGACGAGGGCAACCUCACGGCCGCCCUGCAGUCUGUGUUCGACCGUAAAUACUUCAACCCUCCCGCCAAAUUUGGACAAAUCCGAGUGGUUGUCUUUACAAACGCCACCAAAGACGACGUAACCCUGGCCCUACCGUCUGCUGAGAAAAUCAAGGCUCAAGGCACCCUGACGAUCAUCGGGUUGGGGACACCUCUUCAGCUGAUCCAACCGUUGGCUACUCCCGGAUUUGCCUACUCUUGGAGCGACCAUACAAAAGCCGGCGAGGUGAAGGCGUUCAUCAUCGACACGCUAAAUAACCCGAAUCCUGGAGUGACGACAAGUUCCGCAGCUACCUCGCAGAAGCCGACGACGCCCGGAUUUGUUUGCGACGACUGUUAUCCGCAACCUGAAAAUAUUUUGUUCUUGAUGGACGGAUCGAAAAAAACGGAAUUUUUCGGCUACAUUGAAGAACUCUUGAUGAAGUUCCCCGAGGAAUUCAACCAUUGUGAGCGGAUUGCGAUGGGAGCCUACGACUCGAAAAUCUACGGUCAUGUCGACUUCAAUAGGGAUGAUUGCCUGCGUUUCGACCAGUGGAUAGACAACUUGGACUACGGUGGCGAAGAGGCGAACUUGACUACGGCAUUGGAAUCGCUGUUUGACCCCAAGGUCUUCAACCCGUUAUCCAAAUUUGGACCCGCUCGAGUGGUCAUCUUCACCAAACCCACUCAAGCAGAUGUCACUGCGGCUUUACCUUCCGCCGAAAAAAUAAAGGCUCAGGGUACACUGACGAUUAUCGCGUUGGGAACUCCGGUUGAGGUCGUACAGCCAUUGGCAACCCCCGGUUUUGCCUAUUCUUGGACUGAUGGCGAUAAAGCCGAGCUGGUCAAGGCUUUCGUUAUCAAGACAUUGACGGACCCGGCACCUGGGGCCACUACAACGACAAGUCCGGCAACUACAGCCUACCACUGCGACGAUUGCAACCCCGCCCAAGCGAACAUCCUCUUCGUCUUUGAUGUUUCCUAUAUAGCAAGAAAAGUUAGAAGCCAAGUCGAGCUUGCAAAAUACUUGGCCGUGAACUGGAACUACCUGGAGCGAGUGGCGUUGGCUGAAUACUCAUCCGACCUCUCGAUUCUAGCAGAAUAUGGACAGAUGACGCUUUACGAGGACUUCCUCGAAGCGCUUUCCUACAUAAAACCCAGUCAAGACCCUGAGAACAUGACUCGUGCCCUAGAAAAAGACGCAACAACUCUACCACCCAAUUUCAAACAACUACAAGCGCUUGGUGAAGUCGCGGUCGUCGGAUUGGGGCUAGGGUUGGAAGAUGCGGAAAAGCUACAGAUGCUAGGGAACUACGUCUACGCCUGGAAGAAUUUGGACGAUGUGAUGGCGGUUGGGCGCUGGAUUGACGCGCUUUUAGGCGGAACUCUCCCUACGCAAUCACCAGCGACGAGCGGGUCAACGUCAGGCCCUACCACGCCAUUCCGCUGUGAUGACUGCAACCCAGAAUCUUCAAGCAUACUUGUUAUCGUCGAUCGCUCGCUAGCAAAUCCCGGAUUUGCGCAGCAAAUGGCGAUGCUGAAGGAGCUAACGUCCGAUUGGACUCACUGGGAGCGCAUCGCACUUAUGGACUAUGGACCCUCAGCCAACCUCGCAGCCGAUUUCGGGGAUCUGCAUAGCUAUGACGACUUUACACAUCUCCUCGACCUAACACCAGCCUAUGGAGAGCACGAAAACAUCACAAACGCACUUCGAGCUGCGAAUAGCACUCCGAUUUUCGAUCCAAAGUUUGGGGAGAUGAAGGUGUUGUUCUUCUCGGCCUCGAAUGACGCAGCUGACGUGAAAGCAUCCCGACCCUACGGUGAAAGUUUGCAUCGUCUCGGCGAAGUCGUCGUCGUCGGUAUUGAUCUGGUGGAAGAGGAGCUGAGGCCGUUUUAUGUUUAUGUCAACUACGCUAUUCCAUGGACGUAUCUUGACGAUUUCAGCUAUGUAAUGGAAACGAUCGAUCAUGCUUUGAGCGGUAGCGAGCCGACUACGACGAAGGGGACUGGGCCAACAACAACAAAAUACCUCUGCUCCGACUGCAACCCGACUAGCUCCAGCAUUCUCAUCAUCAUCGACGAGGGCGCUAGAGAAGACGCCUUUAAACUAACGCAAGCCGGUCUCACGCUCGUCGCUGCCAACUGGAACCACUUUGAGCGAGUGGCUAUCAUCUCUGCCCUCAAAUAUGCAGCCGAAAAGGUUGAGCCGGUGCCGAGAUUCGGGGAGCAACAAACCUUACUUUUCACAACUUCCAACAACCGGGCCGAUGUCGCAAGCGCGAAACCAUACGCCGAAGCGCUUUACGGACGGCUAAUCGUUGUUGCGUUGGGGAUGGAUAUAUCGCAAGCGGACGUUUUUGCCGAAAUUGCGGAUGAAAUUGUGGCUGAGACAGACUUGAAUGAUAUCGAGGGGCUGGCUGCGGACCUGGACGAUGUGUUGCGAGGCCACUUGCCAACCACCACCGCCGUUCCGACGACCUCAAAAGCAACUCGUCCCUCUACUGCAACAGCUACUGCUAACACAGCAACAACCACAUUCACGAAUCGUUGCCCUGAUUGUAACCCACCCGGAAAUCUGCUCCUACUCUUCGACACCUCCGCCCAAAAUUCGGCGUUCAUCAAACAAAUGGAAGCCGUCGAAGGCGUUGGUUCGAGGUGGAAUCACUUUGAGAGAGUGGCGUUGGCCGGCUAUAAUAACGUUACAUUCUCCACUACGCAAUAUGGUGACCUCCAAUCGCUGGAUGAUUUUGACAACAAAAUCGGGUGGAUCGCAAGGAUGUCGGGGACGAGUCCGAACUUAACCCUAGCACUCUCCCAAGCCCUAAGCACCUUCCAACCAGAUUCAAGCUAUGGCCAACAGCAUGUAAUUCUCUUUACGGAGACGAACAACAACGGUGACAUCGCUGAUGCUAUCCAAGCCGCCAAGGAGUUGAAGAAGCUCGGUCCAUUGACCGUGGUGGCAUACUACCCAGCCAGCGAGCUGUACGAGUACCUCGCAUCCCCCGACAUGUACAUCCAGUGGACGGGCGAGACGGUAGGUGAUAUUGUGGAUGCAGUGGAGAAGACGCUAGGUUAUCAAGGCCCUAGUACUCCUGCUGGAAUGACAACGGAACCUACCACUGCGUCAAGUUCAACAAGUAACGGUGCCUUCACGACAAUUCAAACGGCGCCUCCGAGCACUACAACAACGGUUCCAGUAUGCCCCGAUUGCUACCCGUCAGCUGGCGAUAUCCUAUUAGUGCUUGAUGAGUCAUUAUCCGACAAGCCGUUCCCAACUUUCUUUUUCACGCUCUUCAUGAAGCUCACCAACUCGUGGAAUCACUAUGAACGUGUUGGAGUUGUCGGCUAUUCGACGGGCGAUGCUGAUUACCAAGUUCACGUCGAUUACGGAAAGCUACGGAACCAGGAUCAGCUGUUGACGCUGGUUUCGGAGUUGCAGCCGCAUGGGGAUAGGACGAAUUUGACGAGCGCGUUCCAAAACACGGCCCUCAAGUUCAGUCCAACGUCACCUUACCAUAACCAAAAAGUUGUAGUGUUCACUUCGACUACGAACAUUACCGACCCCCAAUCGACUGGAUUUUAUGCAAAGAUCUUACAGAGUUUAGGCUCCGUGACAUUAGUGGGCGUUCAGGUCGAUCAGCCGAGGUGGACAUUGCUUGUCGGCGGAUACACGGGGCGUCUUGCUGUACGACGAGGUGGGCUCCAGAGCCGCAAAAUCACGAAGAAAGGCAGUGACAUUAGAAGAUCACCAACGCAUGAUGAUACUGCAAAGUGCGGUACAGCCGAGAAGAACUACCAGCCAUGCACGACAAAGAAGAUUGCCAACAAGCUUUUCCGGUCUUGCUGCGAGCUGUACGUUCCUGAUGAGUGUCAUUUUAUGUGCGAGUACGAGACGGAUCAGAUGAAGACGAGGAAAAUGUUGAUCGAUAUGGUGAAGCACAAGAGGUGCUCGAUCAAGUAUCUGUCCUCGAUCCUGUACUGCGCCUCGCAGAAUCGGGACAACCGGAAGUGCUGUGAGGACUUGGAUUUGAAUGCGCCGCAGCUUCAGAACUGCCCGAAGCAACAGCAGAUCAUCUGCGCCCACUCGAUUCAACGUCAGGGCGUCUGCGUCUGCAACGAGGGCCUUUACAGGGCUCGCAAUGGAAACUGUGUCCUGCAGGGACUCUGCCCGUUGGGACGUCCCGGUCACGGCAAA